AUCCAGGGUGCCAUCAUUGUGUCCAGUGUUGUGGAGGUUGUGAUCGGUCUGUGUGGGUUGCCAGGUCUGCUGCUGGACUACAUCGGUCCACUCACCGUCACUCCAACCAUCUCACUGAUUGGCCUAUCUGUCUUCACCACAGCUGGAGACAGAGCUGGGUCUCACUGGGGCCUGUCAGCAUUGUGUAUUUUGCUGAUCGUGCUGUUUGCUCAGUACCUGAGAGCGACAUCACUUCCUGUUCCUGUUUACAGCAGGAAGAAAGGACUGACCUCCACCAGAAUCCAGAUCUUUAAAAUGUUUCCUAUCAUCCUCGCCAUCAUGUUGGUUUGGCUCGUUUGUUACAUUCUCACUCUGACCAACCUGUUGCCAAGCGACCCCAGUCGCUACGGACACAAGGCUCGAACCGACGCCCGCGGUGACAUCAUGGCGUCAUCACCCUGGUUCAGAGUCCCCUAUCCUUGCCAGUGGGGGUUGCCAGUGGUAACGGUUGCCGGGGUGCUGGGGAUGCUGAGUGCCACCAUGGCGGGCAUCGUGGAGUCAAUUGGUGAUUAUUAUGCCUGUGCUCGUCUGUCUGGAGCCACGCCCCCUCCAGUCCAUGCCAUCAACAGGGGAAUCUUCACUGAGGGAGUGUGCUGCAUCAUCGCUGGACUUUUAGGGACAGGAAAUGGCUCCACCUCCUCCAGUCCAAAUAUAGGCGUUCUGGGCAUCACCAAGGUGGGCAGCAGGCGGGUGGUGCAGUACGGAGCAGGUAUCAUGUUCCUGUUGGGAUCAGUCGGGAAGUUUACAGCUUUGUUUGCUUCGCUGCCAGAUCCGAUCCUCGGUGGAAUGUUCUGCACACUGUUUGGUAUGAUUACGGCUGUCGGCCUGUCUAACCUGCAGUUGGUAGAUUUGAACUCGUCCAGAAAUCUUUUUGUUCUCGGGUUCUCAAUGUUCUUCGGUCUGACUCUGCCGACGUACCUGGACACACACCCCAACUCCAUCAGCACAG